AUGAAACAGGAACGGGAAAGAGCGAAAGAUAACAUCCCGCAACCACCUCCACACCAUCCAUCUCGGCAUCAACAGCCAAUGCUGAAUGGAUCCUCAUCUAUUAAUAAUGUAGAUCAUCACCAUACAAUCACAAAUUCGCCAACACAAAUGGUAAAUCAUUCAGAACCUCCUCCACCUAGUCAAGUAAAUGGUGGUCCCACCAUGUAUGGAAGCGGAUCACGUAUGGAAACAUAUCUUGCCCCUCCUGCCGCAGUGAAUCCAACUGUAUAUUCUCCACAUAAUGAGUCGGCAGUUCAUCGCCGAGCUUCAGAGCCUGUGCAACCACAAAAUUCUAACCCGAUUCCCGUAGCGACACGUGGUCACAGUUAUUCUUCACAUCACCAAAUAAAUAACAAUCCACCGCAAUCAUCUAAUGUUUUGCCGCAACAAGUGCCUCCACCGCCACUUCCACCUUCAAAUUCACGUCAUCAAAAUAUUCAUUCGCGCAAUUCAUCUCCAAAUUUACAUCCAAUUAAUUCACCUUCGGCUCAUCCAAGUAGAACUCACACAAUGUCGGAAAUUCGAGCUGCGAUGCCAGAACCUCUCAGCAAUAAUAGACAAUCAACAGCAGGUGGUGGUCAUAUAAAUCAAUCACCAUCAUCAUCACAUGGACCUUAUAAUAUUUCACAUGGAGCUCCACCUCAUUCUUCAUAUAACAAAACAGGUGGAUCAUCAUCAAUACCUCACUCACCUUCUAUGGGUCCAGUUAUAACACCGAGGGCUCCGCCGUCAGUUCAAACGAAUCAUUAUCAACCACCACCACCGUCACAACCAUCUAGUAAUGGCACUCCACGUCUGCCUUCUGUUGGGUUAUCAUCGCAUCAUCAUCCACAUCUUUCAGAGACCGGUGUAAAUGGAAAUCCACCACAACCAUCACCAAUUGGAAUGUCAAGAGAACCCUAUCUUCGAGAUCAAGCUGGAUAUGUGGGGAAUGGACAUCCAUCACACCAUCUUUCUCCUAAUAUUCCACAUCCAGGUCCGCCGGUUGGAGCUGGUGUAGGACCAGGAAAUGGUCCAAUUCAAAGAGGAGGCGGUGGUCCAAAUGCAUAUUACCAUUAA